AUGGAGAAGUACUCCCCAAAGCAAUCUGAGCAGCAUAUAUCAAGUAUUGGGGCUUCUGCUGCAAGCGUAAUCCAAAAAAUUCUCCUGCAACACACUGGAAAUGUUCUGGGACUUCAUUUUAUCUCUAAAGCACACAAAUUAGCGCAGUCAGAUGUGGAUCCAUGCGCCAUCUUCGUCUCGAAUCACGGUAUCAAGAAGCUCACUCUAGAUAUGGACUACAAUGAAAGUUACGUGUUGCCUAAUAGAAUAUUUACUUGUGGAACAUUGACACAUUUGAAGCUCUCAAGGUGUGUCUUUAAGCUGCCUGAUGGUACCCAAUUUCCCAAUCUUAUUAGCCUUCAGUUAGAACAUUCUAUAAUUGCCGGUCAUCGAUCAGAUGACGCACUUAAUCUGCCAUUAGACACACUUAAUCUGCCAAUGCUUGAGACUUUGGAGUUGAGAUUCUGUGCUAAUGUUGAUUCUGUUAAUUUGGUUUCCCCAAAACUUGAGAACAUGUCUAUCCUUAGCAGCUUUACAAUUACAUUUCAGUGUUUUAAUGUGAACCCGAUCUUUACAAUCAUUAAGCACCUCUGCUUGAAUGGAACAUCCCUAGAGAAACUUGGGUUGGUUCGUGUGCCAGACAAGCUUCACAGACCACUAAAACUGCAAAGCCUGAAAAUUUGUGACUUUAAGAUUUCGGUUGAAAGUAUUUCUUGUGCAUUUUGCCUGCUUGGCAAUUCUCCUAACCUUGAUGAAAUUGAAAUAGACGAUGUUGUGAAGGUUGAUGAGACAUUAAGUCAGACAACAAAACUGUUAUCUUACUUAUCGAAGGAACAAAGCCAUGUGAAUGAAGCUCUGAGGAUGAUUCGAACAGUGAAGUUAAGGAAAUUCAAGGGAUCAAGCUUUUCUCCGCCAUUGACGAAACAGUCAAUGGCUAAAAAAUUGAAAGUGAGAUCAAACUGGAAAUUUGGGAGAGAAUUUGAGCAGAAAGAAAGAAAAAUAUUGCAUUCUGAAGAUAUGUCUCCAACAGAUAUCAAAAGAGAACAAUCAGGCAGAAGCUGGGAAGAUAUAAUCAGCAAUUUGCCUAGUGAUGUAGUGUAUGUGAUGCAAUGA